UUUAAUAGGUGACAUGGAGAAAAUGAGUACGGAUUCUAAAGAAUCCCAGGAUGACCCUGGGGGAGCUGAAGUAGAAAUGGAGGAAGGUGAAGACAGUGCGGAUGAGUCUGACAGUGGGAGCGACCACAGUGAAGAGGAGACGAAGGGAAAGUUGGAAUCCUUGCAAGAAAAGAUUGCAUUAGAGCCAUGGAUCAAGGAAAACCAUAUCAAUCUCAUCGGCUUUCUACAGAAGAAGGGGGACCUGGAGAAACUUCGAGAAGCCCGGGAAGCCUUCUCCAAAGUCUUCCCACUCUCAGAAGAGAUGUGGAUGUCAUGGGUUCGAGACGAGAUCGGCAUUGCCGUUACAGAAUCGGAGACACUACAUGUGAUCGAGCUCUUCAGGCGUGCUCUUCAAGAUACAUUCUCAUUGGAUGUAUGGUUGCAGUACUGCCUGUACAUGGUGGGUGUGAAAGGGUCAAAGGACCAAGAGGCUGUUGUUGGAGCUUUUGAGGAAGCACUUCAAGCUGUAGGACAUCAUGUCCUAAAGGGUUCUGUGAUAUGGGAUGCAUACAGGGAAUUCCUCUUGCAAAUUGACGAAGGAGGAAAAGAGAGAAGGUUAGAGGUGCUGAGGAGGCAAAUGAGUCUGCCACUCUUGGGAAAUGCUGACACAUUUGCCGAACUUCAAAAGUCUGACCCCUCACCCAUCGCAGAUGACAUCAAAGAGGCUCUUCAGGAUGCCAUCACCAUUCUGGCCCCUCUCCAAGAGUUUGAAGAAGUGCUGCUACGUACAGAAGGAAAGGAAAUGGAAAACUUGGAGGCAUACAAGGCAUACCUGGAUCAAGAACAGACAUUGGGAGACAGGGAGAGGUUGUGUACACUGUACGAACGGGCCCUCGAGGACCACCCGACCCAGGCAUGGUUGUGGCGAGAGUAUAUUAGAUUCCUCAAGGGGCAGGAUAAGGCUUUGGAUGCAUGUCGCAGGGCCGUCCAACACUGUCCCGCCAGUGCAGGGCUGUGGACUCUCUACAUGCGCUUUGCAGAGCGCACGGGUGCCUCCCAAGAUGUCAUUGAUGGAAUCCUUGAGAGAGCACUGGAGCAUGACUUCCAGAGAUCAGAUGACUAUCGGAUGGUGUGGCUUGGGUAUCUGGACUACCUGCGUCGUCUGCUCCCUGUCUCCAAGGAGGUUGAACAAGAUCUCCAAGUCCUCCGGGAUGCUUUCAACCGGGCUUGUGAAUACCUUGCUGAGUACUUUGGUCUUGGUGGGGACAGGGAAUGCCUGAUCCUGCAAUAUUGGGCGUCUAUGGAAGCUAGACACGGGAACAUGGAACGGGCACGUGUUCUUUGGGGUGACAUCAUGAGCCAGGGCCAUGCCAAGUCAUCUGACAUGUGGCUUAGAUUCGCCCAACUGGAGCGACUCCACGGGGACGCUAAACAUUGCCGACGUGUGUUCACCCGUGCUCUUGCGCAGGCCAUUGGAAGCCCUGAGAAACUCAUCUUUGCAUGGCUCUCAUUUGAGAGAGAGGAAGGAACAAUAGACUCCUUUGAGAGCUGCCUCGAGAAAUGUGAGGAACGGCAAAGGAAGUGGAAACAUGAGCAACGGGAAAUGGACAAGGAGAGAAAGAUGAAGGUGAAAUGGGGGAGAGACCAGGGAAGAGGGAAGGGGGCCAAGGACCAGACAAAGGGGCAAGAGACACAAAGGAGAGCCAGGGAGACCGUCGCUGUCCACGGCGAGAAGCGGAAGCUUGCUCCGGAGCAAGAAGAUAAGAAGGAAGGCGACGAAACCAGUCCAGUCAAGAAGGCUCGAAUCGAGACCGGAAUGAGCCAGGUGAACCUGGUCGACCAGGAUGGGUUCAAGAUCCCACAAUCUGUGGCGAAUGGGGACCAGGCAACUGGAAAAAUACCACUAGCUCCCCAUAAAGACCCCAAGACCGAGCACGGGGAGACGAUCCACCACGACGCGUCGAAGGACGACCGCACCCUGUUCCUGUCGAACCUGGCCUACGACGUGGACGAGCCCCGCAUCCUCUCCCUGUUCGCCGACUGCCCCGGCGUCGUCCAGUUCCGGCUGGUGCGCGACUACCGCGGGCGCUCCAAGGGGUUCGGGUACCUGGAGUUCGAGUCCAAGGCCCGGGCUGAGCCCGCACUCCGCAAGGAUCGGGACACGAUCGACGGGCGACCCGUGUUCGUGUCCCGGUGCGAGUCGGACCAGCGCCUCAAGGGGCAGGCGUUCCGAUUCAACAACUGCCUGGAGAAGAAUAAACUCUUUCUUAAAGGUCUGCCGCCGGAAACGACGAAAGAGGACUUGGAGGAAAUCUUCGGCAAGUACAAGGGGCUGAAGGGGGUGCGCAUCGUCACGUUCCGCAACGGCCACUCCAAGGGCAUCGCCUACGUCGAGUACACCAACGAGAACUCGGCCAAAGAGGCACUGGUGGGGACAGACGGGAUGCAGAUCGGGGAGAAGACGGUGUCGGUGUCCUUCUCGAACCCGCCGACCCGGGGGACGAGGGAGUACGGCGACGCCACGAGCGUCCUGCAGGGAUCCCUGGGCCGCGGGGCCCCACCUCCAUCCGGCGGAGAACCCAGCCGAUGUGAGAAACUUGAAGAAGAGUGGGGAUUGAGGUCGAUGGAGGAGGCCCUCUAA